AUGGAGAAUCCACACGCCCGCAACGUCGCCGACUUACUUAAAGAAUUAAAUGUUUCCGCAAACUCUGGACUUAGUGAGAAGCAAGUCGACGCUUUAAGUGAAAAGUAUGGACCGAAUGCAAAACCACUGUGGAAGCUUGUACUUGAACAGUUCGAUGACUUACUAGUGAAAAUUUUGUUGCUUGCGGCUGUGAUAUCAUUCGUCCUUGCGUUGUUCGAAGAAGGGGAAGACUCUACCACAGCCUUUGUAGAACCAUUUGUGAUAUUACUUAUUCUUAUUCUGAAUGCCAUCGUCGGUGUCUGGCAGGAGCGUGAUGCAGAAUCAGCCAUUGAGGCACUUCGAGAGUACGAGUCUGAUGAUGCAAAAGUUAUCCGACAAGGUCACGAAGGUAUUCAACGCAUCAAAGCGAAGUGUCUGGUUCCUGGAGAUAUCGUGGAAGUAUCUGGUGAGAUUUUUCAUACGCUAUCUAUAUCAAAAGUUUUAGUUUCCGACCCAAAAAAUUGA